UGCGGUCAGAGUACAUUUCGAAAGGUUUACCAGUCGUGUUUCCGGAAGAGAUUCCCCAGGAUGAUGAAUCGGCGACUGUGUCAACACCAAUGCUAGUGAAGGAAGAACGUCCACCGCUUAUUAUCUCACAGCAUGAGAAUCCUCUUUACAAGCCGCCGCCUCCGCUGUUUGCUGCUUCGAGUCCGCGUUCGCGAAAUACUGUAACAAAUCAGCGGCAGCCUCCGCCUUACAUUCCGCCAUAACG